CAGGACAUUCUUCGCUCCCUCGCUCGUGAUUUCUCUGCUGCCCCAGAUGUUUCAUCUUUUCUUUUCUUCUCGUCGGAGGAGGUGACAAGGCUCAAGGCUUCCUACGCAUAUAUUCACGAAUGCCCGAACUUCACUGGUCAAUUCCCCUGGGAUGUUGGCAUGCGAGAGCUUGGGAUGAUCAAGGCAAGGAGCCUUGGUCCGUCGAAAACAUUCGCGCUCGGUUUCUAUGUAAUGACAUAG